AUGUAUGAAAACACCUCCUCGACAUUGCCAUCAUCAAAUAGUAUUACCGGAGAUGAGGAUUUAUAUCUUCGUUCUUUAUUUGCUCAUAAUUCGCCUGAUGCAUGCUCUGGAUUAUUCAGAGGUGCUCAACAAGAAAAGCAAUUAAAAGGAGUAGAAGGAGGCUUUCAUACGCUUUAUGUCGGAUGUUUAUUGAAAAUGUUAACCAAACCAUCGGAUCCACUGAAUUAUUGUUUACCCUCGUUUAUAAAAGUACCACAUGAUCCAAUGACAACAUCAUCUACUAAUACUUCAGAUAACAAGCCUUUGCAGGAUGAAAAAAUAGAUGAUGAAUGGUCGAUAACAAAAUUGAAAAAAGUCAAUGAGUGUAUUGGAAUGGAUAUUCAAACAACAACACAUUACCUCGAAGAAUUAGACAGAGUUGUUUCUCAAAAACCAGCUCAAGCUCUUUCUCAUUUGAACCGAAUUAGUUCCAUUAAAAAUAAUUUGCAAUUAGAGGAAUCGGACUCGGUGGAUAUCAUUCGAAAUAAGGUUCGGAGUGCUGUAGAAAUGAAUUGUGCAGAUACUUUUGGUGAAAUUGAAACUGCUCAAUCCAUGGAUAGUCAAGCUUACUCCAUGUUUAGAGCUCACCUUUGUUUAUUUGCUUCUGUUUGCAAGAGACAAUUUCAAAAUUGUGUCACAACACAUACUUCACAUAGAUCGUUUGCAAAAUGUCUGGAGAAUGCUGAACAGAUGAAAUGUUUCAAGCUUUACAAAGAUGUUGACUUUUAA